AUGGCCCGUCGUUUCCUUCUUCCUCUUUUUAUUGGUGUUGGUGGUGUUUUGUUUGGUAGCCACGUCUUCUCAAGCUCUCCUAGCAAUCUUGAGGCUGAUCAACUCCCUCCUCAAGGUAUUCCAAAUACCAAACAUGAGAGAACUUUCAUGGCUAUUAAAUAUGAUGCCAUUCAACGUGGAAAUAUUUCCGAGAUUAUGGGUAGAAUGGAACGCAAGGGAUAUAAACUUGUGGGUUUGAAGUUGGUCCAACCAUCCAAAACUCUGAUUGAAAAUCACUAUGCUGAUUUGAAGGGAAGACCAUUCUUUGAAGGACUCGUCAAUUAUAUGACUGGUAAGCCAGUGGUUGCUAUGGUUUGGGAAGGAAAGGGAGUCAUUGCUUACUCUCGUGUCAUGAUUGGUACUACCAAUCCUCUCACUGCUGCUCCAGGAACAAUUCGUGGUGAUUUGUCCAUUGAUGUCGGUAGAAACAGCGUUCACGGAAGUGACAGUGCUGAAACUGCUAACAAUGAAAUUAACUUGUGGUUCACUCCUCAAGAAAUUGCCAACUAUGAGCUCUGCACUGCUGAAUGGACUUAUGAAAAGUAA